CCUUUCUGUGCCUCUUCCAGUCUCUCUGUAUCUCUGUUGCAAACUGAUGAUGACACUCUGCAACACUCUAAGCACAAUGGCUGCUUCCGUCUGAGAACAUCCUGUUUGAAGCCUCGCAAUGGUGAGGCUGUUUUUCAGAUACUGCGGUGUGAAGAAGGUGAAUCACACAAUGGUUCUGCUCUUUGAGCUGAGAUUCUUUGGUUUGUGGACGCUUUGGUGGUGCUGUUUGGUUACAGGAUCUACAGGAUGUCAAAUGCAGUACGUUGGCAGAAGCAGCGUAACCACUGAUCUGCAGUCUGAUGUUCUGCUGCCAUGUAACUUUGAAGCGACCCUCCUCGGAUCAAACAAGACGGCAGAUAUAGUAGCAGUGUGGAGUCAGACGACUAUACCAGCAGAUAAUCUACUGGAGAUCAGUCUGCAGGGUGGAGUAAUGUUCUGGAAUAACAGAGAUAAACGUAUUAAGACGUUCCCCAAACUCUCAAAAUCUGGAAACUUCUCCAUCCUCCUCCGUAAUGUACAGCAGUCUGAUCAGGGUCUCUACCGCUGUGAGCUUCAUGAGGGAAUCAACUGCCUGAUCGCCUAUCAGGAGGUGCAGCUUGGUCUUGCUGCUGUUUCUGAAUACCAGAAAACCAUCAUAGCAGGAGCAUCAGGAGGAGCAGUAUUACUACUUCUGUUCACAGCAUGUGUUUGCUACAUAGUGACUAAACGAAAACACCGACCGAGACAAGACAGGGUUAAAGGAUUUACACUUACUAACCCAGUGUAUGAUUCUGUCAAACAUACACAAAAGGAUGGCCAAAGCAGACACGAAGGUCCACGUCUUACCACAGUCUACGCCAGUGUUGGGUUCGCAGAGACCAGCACAGAGAAGGUGAUAUAUGAGGAAAUCGGCGUUAGAGCAUCAGAACAUAAUCCAGACAUCUAAUGGAUGAGCUCAGCUACUUUGAUGUGCACCAACUUGUAU